AUGAUGAAUAAUGAUGGUACAACAGGAGGGAAUAAUGUUGGUCUUACACAAACAGAUGAUCAACAAAUGGUGACAUCAGCUGAUCGUGAAAAUUAUAUAACACGAUUAACAUAUCAUUUAGGUGGUAAUAGAGAAAUGGCUAAAUAUAUGGAUGAUGAAGCAAUUGCAGCAAGUGGUGGAAAAGCGACAAUAUAUAAAAAAACUCUUCAAACGUUAUUUCAACGAAAUCAACAAAUGCUACAACAACAACAACAACAACAACAACAAUCAAGCAUGGCUUCACAGCAACAACAACAACAACAACAGCAGCAGCAGCAAACAAUGUAUAUGACAUCUCAAUCAACUUCAAUGGCUGGCAUGUCUCAACAGCCACCUCCUACAUAUACAAUGCAAGCACCAUUAUCAACAUCAUCAUCAUCAAUCGCAUCGUCAACAACAAUGGUUAAUAUUAAACAAGAACCUCAAAUACCAAUGUCUAAUGUUCAGAUGAGAUCAAAUCCACAAAAUCUUCCCAUACAACAACAACAGAUUAAACAAGAACUUAUGGUACCACCGAUACCACCACAACAACAACAGAUUAAACAAGAUUUAAUGAUACCACCAACACCGCAACAACAACAGCAACAGAUUAAACAAGACUUAAUGGUACCACCAAUGCCUCAACAACAACAACAACAACAACAGAUUAAACAAGAAUUAAUGGCACCAUCUAUAUCGCAACAGCAAUCAGGGAUACAAGUUCAACAGAUAAGACAACAACAACCGUCACAAUAUCAUCCACAACAGCUAUCGCAAUAUAAUCAACAACAACAACACUCGCAGUAUAAUCAACAACAACAAUCCUCGCAAUAUAAUCAACAACAACAAUCCUCGCAGUAUAAUCAACAACAACAAUCCUCGCAGUAUAAUCAACAACAACAACAACAACCCUCACAAUAUAAUCAACACCACCAACAACCCUCGCAGUAUAAUCAACAACAACAACAACAACAACCCUCGCAGUACAAUCAACAACAACAACCCUCGCAGUAUAAUCAACAACAACAACAACCACCAUCUCUCCCUAAUCAAUCUACAACAAUUACACCUCAACAACGUACUAUAGUUCAGCAUUUACAACAAGUACGUCAACAAAAUCAUCUUAAUCAACAACUUGAAUCGACUAAUACUGCUCAAUUACAGCAGCAACAACAACAACAACAACAACAGCCAUCUAAUUCUUCUACGUUACCACAAUCAUCAUCCAUAACUAAUGGAGGAGCAUCAUCAUCAACAUUAACUCCUACGACAUCAGGCGGUAGUUCAGAUGAAAUUUUGCAACAACUUCUUACUAGUCCAAAUCCACCUAAACAACCUUCAAAUGCUGUUCAAAAUGUUGCACAAGCAAGACUACGUACUAUCAAUCGAACUGUUCGUAACUCAUCCUUACCAACAUCUCAAGUUCUUCAACAACCACCGCCAAGCCCAAUGACACCAGGUGCUGAUCCAAUGAUGAUUGGUAAUAUUCCAUCACCUCAUUCUCAUCCUGGUAUGAUGAUGCAACAACCACAAACACCAAUAGGACCACCUGGUCAAAGUCCAUUAGCACGUUAUAUGAUGGCCCAAUCACCCCAAAAUAGUAUCUAUCGUCCACAAAUGUCUCCAAUGAAUAUGAUGAAUUAUGCAGGUAGUCCAACAGCAAUGAUCGAUGAUGAAAUGCAUUAUUUAUAUAAAUUUUUUACUGAUCGUAUUCAUUAUUUAACUAGAAUAAUAACUCGUUGUCAACAAGAAGAUACAACAUUAAAAUAUAAUGUUGCAAAACGUUUUUUAGAACCAUUAAGUGAAGUUCUUAAUGGUGUACCACAUAAAAGUAUGCGAUUAGAUACAGAAUCUAAACAAAUAGCCGAAUCAUAUUCUUCAUCAUCUAAUAUUCAUUCAUCAAAAUCUCUUGCAAAUAUCAUUGACAAUGAAUUUGCUCAUUUAUCAAUGAAUACAUUUACUUACGAACUAAAACCAAUGUCUGAUAAAAUGUCCACAUCAUUAUCAUCGAUAAAUGAUAUAAAAGAUUUAUCAAUAUGUGAUUAUGAAUUAACAUGUCGUUUUAUUGAAAUAAAUAUGCCUAUUGUACCACCAUUAAAAAUGAAAUUAACUAUACAAUAUCCUAAUGAACCACCUGAAGUACUUUCAUUAACAUCAACAACAUUAAGUUUUACACCAGCUAAACUUGAAAAAUCAGAUGGUCAUUCAUUUUUUGAAUCAAUAUCUCGAAAUUUUAUAUAUUUUCUAUUUAAACUACCAACACAACAUACUGUUACUGAUAUUUUAGAUAUAUGGGUAAGAUCAUCGAUUAUUUAUAAUGAGUAG